AUGGCCGCCUCCGCGGCGCCGCUCCGGGCCGCGCUCGCCCGCAGCCCCGCCCCCGCCGCCGCCGCGCGCACCCCGCCGGCCUUCCUCCCGCUCCCUCCCCGCGCCCGCGGCAUCCGCCUCAAUCCGGUCGUCCUCGCCUCCGGGAGGGGGAGGAGGAUCCGCGCGGAGGCGACGGCGAGGACGCGGCAGGAGAAGGAGCAGCAGGAGGCCGAGGUGUCCGCCGUCGAGGACUCCUUCCCCGUCAGGGAGGCGGCCGCCACGCCUGCCCCGGAGGAGGAAGGGGGAUUCGACGACGAGCUCACCCUCGCCGGCGAGGACGGCGACUGGGUGGUCAGGUUCGAGCAGUCCUUCAACAUAUUCCUCACGGAUACUGUCAUCUUUAUACUCGAUAUUCUGUACCGCGACCGGGACUACGCAAGGUUCUUCGUGCUCGAGACCAUCGCCAGGGUGCCGUAUUUCGCGUUUAUAUCGGUGCUUCACUUGUAUGAGACCUUUGGCUGGUCGAGAAGAGCUGACAAUAUCAAAGUGCACUUUGCUGAAAGCAUGAAUGAGUUCCAUCACCUCUUAAUCAUGGAAGCAUUGGGUGGAAACUCUGUAUGGAUUGAUCGCUUUCUUGCGCGGUUUAGCGCCUUUUUUUACUACUUCGUCACUGUUGGCAUGUACAUGCUGAGCCCAAGAAUGGCAUACCACUUUUCAGAAUGUGUUGAGAGGCAUGCAUACUCAACUUAUGACAAGUUCCUUAAGCUCAAUGGAGAGGAGUUGAAAAAACUACCAGCUCCAGAGGUGGCUGUAAACUAUUACAUGAAUGAGGAUCUCUACAUGUUUGAUGAGUUUCAAACAUCAAGAGCUCCAAAUUCUAGGAGGCCUAAAGUUGAUAACUUGUAUGAUGUAUUCGUGAAUGUACGGGAUGAUGAGGCGGAGCAUUGCAAGACAAUGAAGGCCUGUCAAACGCAUGAAACCCUCCGUUCUCCUCACGCCGUGCAGAGCUCAAUAGAAGCUGAUGCAGAAUGA